AAAUGUUUAUCUUGUUUCUAAGUUUCUUACUGUCUACAGUAAAUGCUGUUUUUGCUGAUGCCGAUCACUGUCUAUGGCAAGGAAAAAGAAAGGCUCCAGGAGAAAGCUGGGCGUUAGGAUGUAAAGUUCACCGUUGUGGUGAUGAUGGGGAAGUCAAUACGGUAAUCAACGACGGAUGUGAAAACGACAAUGGCCUCUGUCUUGACCUGGAUACCCACUGGAUGAAUAGUAAAGAGUGUGCAUUCUUUGCAUGCACGAUGGAAGAAAGAAGAUACGUUAUCAAACAAAGCAUAGGAUGUAUAGUGGACGGAAAGUGUUAUGAACAGGAUGAUUUAGUAAUGCCUAACGCUUGUUCAGUACUAAAAUGCGGUUUAAAUGGAAUUGUAGAAGUUAAAAAACUUGGUUGUGAUACAAGUGAAGGCUGCAAGAGGAAUAAAGAAAUAUGGGGAAAGGUUGAAGGCGAAUCCUGUGUCACCGAGAAAUGUGUUGGCCGGUUGGUCAAAGGGAAAAGAUUCAUUAGCAAAAUAGAAUCACUAGCUCGAUCAAAACAUUGCAAAGAAAUGAAUGUUGAUGUUUGCCAUCGGCGAGGUACUAACUGGCACGAAUAUGAUUCUACAGAAGAUAAAUGUCAUGGAAUAAAGUGUGGUCGACGUGGGCGAAGACAAAUGAAAAGAAUGAAAGCUUGUGCAUUUGAAGGUCAGUGUGUACCAUUUGGGCAAUCACCAAAAGAUAUGCCAGGUUGUUUGUGUGCAAGAGGUCGUAUGGUGUGUACCAAAGGGCCAAUAUAACCGGAAGUCAGACAACCGACAUUUACA